CAUUUCAUUCGAGUUUCUUUCGAAGUAUUUUACUUUUGUCAGCGUAAUGUGAGAAAAGAUAAGAAAAAUAUUUUAUAAAACGAUAACAGUUCUAUCUAAUUAAAUUUACGAAGACUUCGUAAUAAAACACGCAAAAUGAAAAUUUGGACAUCAGAACACACUUUCAACCACCCAUGGGAGACCGUUGCACAAGCAGCGUGGAGGAAAUAUCCCAAUCCUAUGAACCCAGCUGUCAUUGGGACCGAUGUUGUAGAAAGAAGAGUCGUAGACGGUGUACUGCAUACCCACAGACUCGUCAGUUCUAAAUGGUUUUUCCCGAGAUGGGCCCAAGCACUUAUUGGAACAGCCAAGAUAUGCUAUGCAAGUGAGAAAUCAGAAGUGAAUCCUAUUCAACGUCAAAUGACACUGAAGACAACAAACUUAACAUUCUGUCGGUACAUUGCUGUGGAUGAGACAGUGAAGUACACACCCCACCCCACAGAUCCAGCUAAAACACUUCUUAGACAAGAGGCUGUGGUCACAGUACAAGGAGUGCCACUUAGUAGUUACAUGGAAGAUUUAUUAGCAAAUAAAAUAUCUCUGAAUGCUGGAAAAGGCCGUCAAGCAAUUGAGUGGGUAAUUGGGAAAAUUGAUUCAGAAAUAAAAGAACUUGCAAGCACAGCUUGUAAAAGUACUGAUGAAUUGCUUUCACACACAAAGAAGUCACUUGAUGACAUAACAUCUACAGCCAGAAGAUCUAUGGAUGAUAUCUCUUCUAAAGCCAAAAGAUCAUUGGAUGAUAUAGAGAAAUUCACAAAGGCAAAUGCAAACCAACGAAGCUGAAAAGAGGAGUGACUUUCACAAGUAGAAACAUUGAACAGUGCUGUUUUUUUUUGCAGUAAAUAUAACCCACAUGUAUUUACCUGAUUUGUCUUAUUUAAUUAAUGAUUGAGGUGAAUUUAAUGUAAUAUACAUAGUUUAUUUAUGAUUGUAGCACAAUUUAUAUUAUUUGAAUUAUUUGUAGUAGUGAUGUGUGAGCAUUAGAUCUGGCAACAUUAUGGGGAAUUUGUGCAUUUUAACCAGCUAAAUAAUGAACAGUGAGAGUCUUGUUAAGUAUAGAAGUAUUGAAUUGAUAUGGUCUCUCUAUUCUAUGUAUGUGUAAAAAGGGUAGAUCAGAAUAGGCAGUGUUUUUCUUGCUUAAUAACCUAUUGAGGAUCUUGUAUAAGCUGCUAACAUAAAAGAAGUACAUGUUAAAACUACAUUCCUAUUCUGAUCUAUGGUAAUUAUCUGAGGGUACUCUUACACAUGCAAUCAGAGAAUGUAAAGAGUGAAAAUUUACUGAAAUAUAACUUUAAAGUAAAUGUUCAUUGACAAUGCAAAACAUAAUUGUAGCCAAUAUAAUAACCAAAAUGUGUACUGAGCUAUUAUUGCUCAAAAAUUGCUUGUGUAAGAGCAACUUUUUAAGAUGUAAAAGUAUAAUUUCAUUCCAUAAAAAACUGUUUGAUGUUGUAUUUGAAACCUACAAAUAAUUUGCAUAUUAAACAUGUGGUGCACAUUAAA